GGGAGGAAGUGCGGGAGAGCGGGGGAGAGCCUCGGACGGGACGCAACGGUUUGUGUUGUAUGGUGCUCGUUGUUGGCUCCGCUGUCAGCUGCUACAAGAAAGCCGCUCGGGCUCGGAGUUGAGGAGUCAGUGCAGCUCUUGCGAAACAGUUUGGCAUGCAGCCGUGAUUCCGGACGCGGGCGGCAUCAAUGGCACUACCUGCAGUUCAUUUUUCGCGCUGGACCGCGGACUUGUCGACCCAUUCGCAUCGUUAUUUGCGUCGGCGUUAUCAAUGCUAGGCCUAGUCCAGCCUCCUUCAGCUGGUCGCUUUGCCUCCCGACAAGCCAGCAUACCAGCAAGACCAGAAGGAUUGCGCCAGCUGGGAUUGACCUUGAAGGCUUUUUUCUGUCGCACCUGCGCUGUCGCCAAGCGGGGAGAUGCGGCUAGCUUGAGCGCCUUUUGUUCCCAACCGGUGCGCGUGUGUUAGUGCGUGAGCGCCAGUGCGACAGCAUCUCUUCUUUUCCUCCCUGCCUCGCCAUGGAUCGGGCCAGCCGGGCCAUUCGACGGAGUGGCGCCCGGCUGAAAGCACUGAAUGGGGGUCACGCUGACCUGAACCUGGUCAUCUCUGAGCUCCGGGACAUUCGUCUUGCCAUGAAGUCCUUCCUUACAGCACAGAAUGCAGUGGCCCAGGACAUGGUGCUGUGGGCCCAGGCUGACGAGAACAGGAUAAUUCAGGAUGUGAUGGCGCAGUUGGCAGAACUGAAUGCCCUCUGGACGGACAUCCAGAAGGAUUUUGUGGAGCACCUGAAGACGUUCCGGCACCAGUUUGAGUUGAUCCUGGAAGGGGAGCGGCAGGUGGACCACUCCCGCAGCGCCCUGGCUGCUUGCGAGCAGAAGGAGCUGCGCAUCAAGAAGGAACUUAAACGGGCCGCCAAGAAGGCCACUGUGGAGGAGAUUAGCAACCUGGAACUGAAGCUGGCUCAGGCCGAGCGGGCCAAGGACCUUGCCCAGUUCGAAACGCUGGAGAAGGUGCAAGAGCACGAAGCAGUCAAGCUGAUCCGGCUCAAGCAGGGUCUGCUGCAGCUGAGUGAUGCCUACCUCGCCCUGGCCAACAAGGGGGCCCUGCUGUUUGAGGCCCAGCGCGAAAUUGCUGCCCACAUGCCAGACGUGCCACCCCACUCAGUCCUGCACGACUUCAAGUACACCGGCUCGGGGGCCAUGAAGCAAGCCGUGCAGCGAGCCAAGGACCGCGUCGAGCAGUACCACUGCUACCAGUACCGCCUCAUCCCCCACUGCCCCUCCGUCGAAGAGCCACCUCCUCCGUACACGCCGGGAUAUUACGACCCAACCACGGGGCUUCCGUACCAGGCAGCGCCUGGAAGCGGCGACUGCUGGGCAGGCUCGUCGGUGCGGCAGCGGGUCACGCCGUCGUGCCCCUCUGGGCCGCUCCUCGUGCGUGGUGUCCGCAGCCCGCCUCCGGUGCCGCAGUCGACGCCAUCGCAGCGACCGCACCUCCCCCCUGCUGUGGAGCGAGGGGCGUCGCUGUGGCCCUCGCCUCCGUGGGGGGCGUCGCCCGAGGAUGAGGAGCGCCUCGCCGGAGCCAUGGGCGCGGCGAGAAUCGGAUGACGCUCCUCGUAGCCCACUACUGCACAACCAGGAGAGCCUUCGACAGCACCACAAUUGGUCAUUGCGCCCUGGCGGCCGGCGUCUGCAUAAGCGCCGCAUUCGCCAGUGGCUAGGCGAGUUGUUGGUGCUGAGCCUGCCUACAUGCUCAGUCUGUGCGCUUGGCACACACCUCUGUAAACGGAAUGUUGUUUUUAGUAACCACAAGCUAAGCCUUUGUGAGGUUGCACCAACUGACUCGGUUUCACACACUGAAUUAUCAGAGGGCUGUGAGCAAACUGCCACGUUAGGGCAACUUUCUCAUGUGAUGAUCUUGGAGCUGCAGCAGGUGGGGCAGCAGAAGCGCACUUCACGGGAAGCAUGAGAGUUUGGUCUAUUGCCUUGUUUUCCUCUACCAAGCUUUUUGUGGUUUUUAGUGGCACUGUUUAUUGGAAGUGCCUGCAUGAAAUUAGCGCUGUGCUGCUAGGUUGGUUGUACCUUGGCUUUUGAUGCGAAACGAAGGUUCGAACGGCUCAUUACUCUACUUGACCCGUGGACAAAUGACACAUGUUUACAUGCCUGCAAUAUGGCAGAGGAGCAAGGAAAGAACUUUCACCUUAUCUUCCUUAGCAGAGCUAGCAGCCACAGAUGUAAGCUUGAUUCAGAUGAAAUUGUCUUUAAAAUAUGGUAAUUGUUUGACCGAACACACAGCUUUCUUUGCAUGUGCAUGCUCUCCUGUUGCCUUGACCAUUGCCAAAGAGGUGAAAAGGUUCUCUACACCUGGCCAUUGUGCACUGUUUUAAUAGUGGUGGAAUAUAAUGGCGGUGCCACAGGAUUGCACCUGUUGUGCGCAGAAGGUACUUGCAGAGAAGCAAAGCUUGUCGUCGGCAUUGCAGCAGUCGUUGCAGACAGUUGUUGACUUUUCUAAGUGUGUAGUUGUUUGCUGUUGGAGUCAGCAGUCCACAACCUUUUAUCCAAGUAUCUGUCUUGUCUCGUGCAGCUUUGGACGUGUGUGUGUGUGUGUGUGUGCGUGAGAACAUGUCAGCACACAGGCUGGCCUGUGCUGCGUGAAGUUAAAAGUUCCAUCGUGUGCGUUCCCUUUGUCUUCCCUCGGCCAGUGGGUCGUAUGUUCAAAAAAAGAGAACACCUGGUCGCAUUUCACCCAGGGUGCAUUGGAGCAGACGCUUUCUUUCCCCCCUUACCCACUUUACCAUGCUUGCUUGUAAACCUUCUCUCCCACUAUCGUGCUAUGCGUGCUGCCCUGAUCAGGAGCUGCUCUUGCCGGCUUUCCCACAAUCGUGGUGCAAAUUCUGCUCAGUGACGCAUUCACCGCUGUUGACGCACACAUCUGCCAUGGCAACCAUAUCACCCUGGUACUACGUUGAACAAUUGUUGGCCUCUGCUGUUGCUUGACGGAGUGGGCAAGUUGUGACCUUUACUAAGACAAUGCAGGUGUCCUCUCAUGGAGUUGACUUUGUUGUGGACAUUACUGCACUUCCUUUUUAGAGAUUACUUUUUUUUUGUAGAUCCUGUUAUAGCUUUUAGGCGGGAGAAAAUGCUGCGCGAUUCUUCCCCGGACGCAAACCCGCUUGUGAUGGUGCACUUUCUGUGACGCUGACUGCGGCGACCUGUUGCCUUUGCAACCAUCUUCUUUACACUUGGGUUGUUGUUUUACAUUCAGUAGGCUUAGGGAAUUUUUCUACUGUAUUCAUUUUGCCAAGCUCUUGAUUUUGUCUCAAAAAAUUGCAUCCACAGCUGUUCUGAGAAAUUGUUUAGGGUAAGUGUCAUGCCAGUAGAUCUGAAUAAUAAAACUAGUACCAUGUUUGUUUUGUA